AUGGACGAAGGCCCUCCGCCCCCUCCGCCGCCGCAUGGCGAGAACCCUCAUACCACUGAAGGCGAAUACCGCAAAUCGUCCGAUUUACCGCCCGGAAACUACGACAUUUUCAUCGUCCCGCCGCACUCUUCCGGCGGCGGCUUCCUAUACCUUCCCUCCUUACAAUGCCACCGGAACAGCUUCCUCGCCGGCGUUGCAAGCACACUGCUGGUCGUCUUCGUGUGGGCCCUCAUUGCACCCAUGGUGAAGACAUGGUACAUGGCUUCUGUGUCUAAUGGCGCCGGCGGCGUGGGGAUGGCUGUAGUGGGGCUUGGGCUGGGCGUUGCUGGCUGGGCUUUUGGAAUGACCCAGUCCAGCAGCUCCAAGGGUGAUGGGGGUAACAAUGGCAAUGGCAAUGGCAAUGGUGGUGGCAGUGGUGGUGGACGAUUUGGCGGCGGUUUCCCUGGAGGCACCGGUCAAAAUGCCAACGGCCGAGCCUCUGGUCAUGGCCAUAGCAAUAGCGGCUCCAACUUUGGUGGAAACAGCUCAGGUCAUCGUCAACAGCACAGUGGAAACUUUGGCGGUGGCCAGAACUAUGGCAAUCAGUAUGCCGGCAAUCAACACGGCUCGGAUGGACCGCCAAAGGACGAUGGCAAGGAAGAUGAGAAGGCGAAAGAGAAGGAAAGACAAAGGCAAAAAGAAAGAGAAAGAGAAGAGAAGGAAAAAGCUGAACGAGCAAAAGAAAAGGCCGAACGAGAGCGUGAGCGCGAAGAGGCCAAGCGCAAGGAAGAGCUGCGCCGAAAGAUGGAGGAGUUUAAGCGCAAGCGCGAAGCAGAAGCCAAGGAGAAGGAAAGAAGGCGUGAACGCGAAGCAAUGGAGAAAGAGCUCAAGGAGCGCCGAGAACAACUCGAGCGCGAGAUGGCCGCUGCAAGGGACAAAGCAGAGAAGGAAGCCCGCGAACGACUCGAAAAAGAAGCCGCCGAGGCCCGAGCAAAGCAGGAGAAGGCUGCUGCUGAAGCCAAAGCCGAAGCCGACAGGUUGGCCGCCGAGGCGAAAGAAAAGGCCGAUCGACUGGCUGCCGAAGCAAAAGAGAAGGCUGCAAAGGAGGCUGCUGAAAAGGAAGCCGCCGCAAAGGCCGCGGCCCAGAAAGAAGCCAUGGCCAAAUUCGCAGCCCUCAAAGAGGCAGCUGCAAAGAGAUAUGCAGAGAAGAAGGCCCAGGAGGCCAAAAGCCAGGCUAGCAACAAGCCGCCUGCGAGUCCGGCCAGCGCUACUAGUGCACCGAGGACGCCUUCGCCCAAGAAACCCCAGGCGCCCUUUCCAACCGCCAAGACUACCGUCGAAGACGAUGCGUAUUCCUUUCGGCCCUAUGAUCGUCCUCGCCGGCCGUAUGGGAACGCUUCUGGCUCGGGCUCUGCCUACUCUGAGUCCUCAUAUGCGCCCUCACAGUCGACAGCUCGCACCACGCCUCCGCCAUCCCACCGUAGUGCAUACUCCACCAAGGAUCCUGAUAAGAUCGUGAUCCAGGGCGUAUACCAAUUCAACAAUGCAUUCAUGAAGACACCAGUUGCGCAGCUAGUCUCUGGCCAAGGCAUGGUGACGAACGGUCUGGUGCUGCGAAUGACAACAGAGGGUCUCUUCGUCGACGACGACCUCCGAGGCGUCGGACAACGAGAAUGGGAUGUUAAAGCUUGGACCCUGAAACUGGCUGAAGUCUGGUGUCCUCAAAUGGGAGCUCACAGCCAGCCAGCUAAGUCAGGCUCGAGCAAUCCAUUCUCAUUCCGCCGCGGUGCAUCUGCACACUCCAUGCCAACCAACGAGGAAUCCGACGCCUUCACAGCCAACCUGUUAAAGGUGUGCAAGAACACCUGCCGCCUGGCCUCACCCAGCGCCUGCUUCGCCCGCAGCGCAGCCGCAAGCGGCGGCGGCCCCGUCCAGCCACCCCAGGCCGAAUUUCGCGGCCUCCACGUGCUCCGCGCCAGUAUCCGGGACCAAGAAGGCAAAAAGUUCGUCUUCGUGCUCCAGGAUACGGAAGCGUGGAAACUAGCAAUUGGCCUGCAACGUCUUCGUGGCGGCGCCCUCGUCCGUGCCCUAGGCGUCUCUGCCCUCCCCGUUCCCGAAUGUAAGAGCAUUCUCGGCGGACUGGGCUAUAUCUAG